CAACAGAGCAAGACUCUGUCUCAAAAAAAAAAAAAAAAAAGAGUCAGAAGUUAAUUGACUGAGCAUCUCAUAGUGUUCUCUUUCCAGCUUUCCUAUGGAUUUUCUGAGUCUUUGAGUAAGGAGGAACUAACCUUCUCAGUACUCAAGACCAACUUCUGAAGUCCUCUGUUUCAGACCUGUGUAUGUAGAUACAGUUUCUAUAGAGUUACUGUAAAUGUUGCAUGGUGAAAAGAUAUCUGGCACCAAUUCUGACCCAGUCAUUUGUGAUCCCUGGCUCUUGUGAUAUGCCGAAGAUUUCCAGGCAGUUUUUGUGGAACACCUCCCCGUCCAGCUCUAAUCAAGCACCAUAUAAACAAGAAACUGCCUGGUCAAAUCUGUGAGGACUGUAUUCUGACUGCCAAAGAGAUCAAUACUGAUACCAGAAUGGCAGCUACUCUCAAGUCAUUAAAACUUUUAAGAUACCGAGCAUUUUGCAGUCCUUCUGCCUUUGGUGCAGUCCGAAGUGUGUCAUACUGGAAUGUGAGCAGCACACAGCAUGGGGGACAGGACCCUCCAGAACACAUUAGCCUCUGCCAUUCUGCCAAAAAAGUUAAGAACAUAUGUAGCACCUUCUCUUCUCGGAGAAUCCUGACAACCAGCAGUGGCUGCCCAGGUUUGGAAUUCAGCAAGACUUCUUCCUCUAAGUCCAGUACAUUGCAGCUGGGCUCACCGAGGGCCACAGGAGUUGAUGAAGAGGACAUAGAAGUGUUUGAUUCCUUUGAAAACAUGCGAGUUUUCCUACAGCUAAGACCAGAAUACCGUGUUCACAGCUAUAAUGCAUCUGAGACUUCUCAGCUCCUGUCUGUUUCAGAAGGUGAACUAAUUUUGCACAAAGUCAGAGUUAAUCAAAAUAAUCUCCAGGCUCAAGUCAUUGUUGAUUAUUUGUGUAAGCUGAGCUCUUUGCCUGCAGAGCAGCAUCCUGUCUUGCUGGGCAGUACCAGCUUUGCUCUGCUCUGCCAGCUGAGUGUGAAGAAGAUACAGCUCUUUGAUACCCAAGAUCUGAUCAAUGUUUUGAAAGCUUUUGUCAUUUUAGGAAUCCCUCACUCCCAUUCAAUGCUAGAUGUGUAUGAGACCAAGUGUUGCCAUCAGGUAUGGGAGAUGAAUAUGGAUCAGCUCCUUUUGGUGGCUGAUCUCUGGAGGUACUUAGGCCGCAAAGUACCUAGGUUUUUAAACAUUUUUUCUAGUUAUCUUAAUUUGCACUGGAAGGAUCUAUCCUUGUCUCAGCUAGUUCACUUAAUUUAUGUUAUAGGUGAAAAUCGUCAGGUAUCCCAGGACCUAAUGCAAAAAUUGGAAUCAUUGAUCCUUAAAUAUAUAGAUUUGAUCAAUUUAGAGGAGGUUGGUACCAUCUGUUUGGGGUUCUUUAAAUCAAGUACUAAUCUCUCUGAAUUUGUCAUGCGGAAAAUUGGAGACUUGGCUUGUGCUAACAUUCAGCAUCUGAGUAGUCACUCCUUAGUGAAUAUUGUUAAAAUGUUCCGUUUCACUCACGUGGAUCACAUCAAUUUCAUGAAGCAGAUUGGAGAGAUUGCUCCUCAGCGAAUUCCUUCCCUGGGAGUUCAAGGUGUCAUGCACCUGACUCUUUACUGCUCGGCCUUACGCUUCCUGAAUGAAGGAGUAAUGAAUGCAGUGGCUGCGUCUUUGCCUCCUAGAGUGGCACACUGUCGAAGUAAAGAUGUUGCCAAGAUUCUGUGGUCAUUUGGAACUCUGAAUUAUAAGCCACCCAAUGCAGAAGAAUUUUACUCCAGCCUGAUAAAUGAGAUUCACAGAAAGAUGCCUGAAUUCAACCAAUACCCAGAACACCUGCCCACCUGCCUGCUGGGCCUGGCAUUUUUGGAGUACUUUCCAGUAGAGUUAAUUGAUUUCGCUCUCAGUCCAGGGUUUGUCAGGUUAGCUCAGGAGAGAACUAAGUUUGACCUCCUUAAGGAACUAUAUACCCUCGAUGGUACAGUUGGCAUUGAGUGUCCAGAUUACAGAGGCAAUCGUCUUAGUACUCACCUUCAGCAAGAGGGGUCUGAAUUGCUGUGGUAUUUAGCAGAGAAGGAUAUGAAUUCAAAGCCUGAAUUCUUAGAAACUGUCUUUUUACUGGAGACCAUGCUGGGGGGGCCCCAGUACGUCAAGCACCAUAUGAUUUUGCCUCAUACCCGAUCUUCUGACUUAGAGGUCCAGCUUGAUGUUAACCUGAAGCCAUUACCAUUUAAUAGAGAAGCCACGCCGGCUGAAAAUGUAGCCAAAUUAAGGCUUGAGCAUGUGGGAGUCAGCCUUACAGAUGAUUUGAUGAAUAAGUUACUAAAAGGGAAAGCAAGAGGACAUUUCCAGGGCAAAACUGAGUCAGAGCCUGGGCAGCAGCCCAUGGAGUUAGAGAAUAAGGCAGCUGUACCUUUGGGGGGCUUCCUUUGCAAUGUAGCAGAUAAAUCAGGGGCCAUGGAGAUGGCUGGCCUGUGCCCCCCAGCCUGCAUGCAGACCCCAAGAGUGAAGCUGGCUGUUCAGUUCACAAACAGGAACCAGUAUUGCUAUGGCUCCAGGGAUCUCCUUGGACUGCACAGUAUGAAGAGGCGGCAGCUGGCUCGGCUUGGCUACCGUGUGGUAGAGUUAUCCUACUGGGAAUGGCUCCCACUACUGAAACGAACUCGCUUAGAAAAGUUGGCGUUUCUUCAUGAGAAAGUAUUCACCUCUGCUCUCUGAAGGGCAUUUAGGGGCAUUUCUAUGGCAAAGCUAUAGGUGUGUACUGUACCAGGUGUUUCAAAAUGAUUAUAAAAGCCAGAAUGUAAGUUUGGCGAUAAAAUAGUGUGUUGAGGAGACUUAAUCUUAUCCAAGGCAGGUUAGAGCUAGUGUAUGUUAUGUUACUGUGAAUUGUAAUGUAGUUGGAUUGUACAAAUUACUGCAAAUGUAUACAUGUUACUCUUAGUAAAUAAUAAACAUCUUAAUAUGUCCUACGGUCAAGUAA